CCCUGAUCCAAAUUACACACUUGUGCACAGUUUAUCAGUACGGUACAUAGCUAUCGACUCGCCUAUCUUCAUGAUGGCACGCUUCUGGAAGCUCCUUCUUAUGACAAGUCAUAUGCAAGCUGUCUGCGUCGACCUGUGCUAUAUCUAGUUGCACAUCUCGACCUCUUGAGAUGCAACUCGGGGUGUGAGACGCCGAAUCCCUCAAACAAGCACGAUCACGAACGGUGAUAGUAAGUAGCGCCUGGGUAUUGCAAUCAUGUCGAACCCUCCGUUCAGGCAUCUUUCCGAUGAACAGAUCGCUGAGAUCACACCAGGUCCCGGGGCCUGCCCAUGCUGCAACAAGAAUUAUACCACAUUGAGGCCACACUACAAAAAUCUACACAAUCUCCAAACAACUAUAGUCUUCCAUGGAGACGUUUCUGAACGAACCAUCUAUAGAGACGCGUUUACUGGCAAGUUUCAUUGUCCACGAUGUGGCUCGACCCGUAGAUCCACCAGCACCAUUCGGAGUCACACUUUAACGUGUACCAUGGCUCGACCCAUGACUAUUUAUGUCCCUUCGAAUCAGCCUUACGCACCAAUCGCAGCUGGCUCCCCACGUCCUGCACCACGUAGUGUUGUACAACACGAUCAAGUGUACCAACCCCUUCAACAACUUCCGGAAACAGAUCUAUCUCGCUUUGUGCCUUUACCGGUUAUUCAAUCAUAUAUUCCUCCUCCGCCCACCAGUAAAGUCGACCCUUUUACACAUCGGGAAGUUAUUGAUCUGACUGGUGAGGAUGACGACGAAGGGAAUGCAGGAAUACCUCCGAAGCCUAUUUCUUCGUCAUCUGCACCAGUGCUCAUACCUGCUCGUGAUGGGCGGCCCUCGUAUGAACUGGAAUCGCUUGAUGGUCUUGAACUAGUAUACCCUGACUCAGAUGAACUUGAUGAAGACGAUAGUCGCCAUGCGCACCCUUCCUCAGCGACGAUGGCUUCUGGUUUGACCCGGGACAGCCCUUCAUCUGCAAAACCGCCUAUUCCUCUACAGAAACCACCCCGGAUGAGCCCAUUCGUCUCUCGCGAUAGCGUCUAUGCUACAUCCGAACAUUCCUCAAUCUCAAGCAAUGACCCCCCGCACAUGGCUCACCUCGGACCGCCAACAGCUGAGAGCUCACUUCCGAAGUCCACACUUGCACCCAUCUCCAUUACUAGCAAAUUUCGCUUUUCUUGGGCACAACGGCUAUGUCUCGACAAUGCAUUGUCCCUAUUCGGUCUCUACGAUACUAAUGACAUGGAUAUCUUGUGUUCCUUGGAUCCUAGUGAUGAGUGGAUCAGCCUUAGGAAUUUUCUCCUGAAGAAUGGUCAGCUUCAGGUCCCGACCGUCUUAUGGAUGACUCUCCGCAAAGCGAUGUUAGCUCGUCGAAUGGGUGUCCUUUCCCGAUCCCUCGCCUCUGUCGACCCACCUCUUACUUCCUGGCAACAGUCACACAACAGCGACGGAUCACGCCCAUCUGCGUUAGAAACCUUCUCACAAACACUUCGGAACCCCUUGGGAAAGUACUCUGAGGUACUAGUGAAAUGCGGGAUUGAGAGUGCUGAAGCCUUGGAUAUGAUCAGUACAUCGUGCGAUGAUUGGGAUAUAUUGAGACAAGAGCUCAUCGGUCAUGGGAUGUCGGAGUUUGGUUGGCUAUUGGUGAAGGAUGGGCUCAAGAGGUGGUCUAAUCGCACUUCGAAGACGACCACAAAGCACACUUGACGCACUGGUUAUGAUCUCUGUCACUCUUGUAUAUUAUUGUAUUCUUGCGAGCUUGGGGUGUCAUAUUGGAUAUCUCUAUUGGUAAAAUCCUCUAGGGCUCUCACUGUAUCCUUCCAAUCAUUAUACUUAGAACACUUAUGUGCCGACUUGAUUACCUU